UAAAUUCUUAUGUUUCGUUCAGAUAACUCAAAACAAUAUGAGUGUAUAAGCUUACAGUAAUCUGCAGAAAACUUAAGUGAAACGGCCUUUCGAAGACGUAGAAUCAUGACCACACUACUGCCCAAACCGAUAGAUCCAGAAGAAGUGGCCAAACGCAAUGAUACUGAGAAACCGAAUGGACUUUUCUUUCCUGGUUCUGACUUGGAUGAAGUGGCGAAACAUUUUAUAGGAAAUACUCAUCGCUACCGCGAAAAUAUUAUUAUACCAAAGUUGUACGGAGCCGUUCAGAUAAAAACCAAUGAAGAAAAACUCGUAGAAGCUGCUUUCGAAAGCUGCGCCUUUAAGUCACUCAUGAGCUGCGUAUUGGGAUACGGUCUGGGUGCAGCUAUUGGUUUGUUCAGUUCCUCAGUCAACCCCAACAUUGCUGACCCACUGGCUGGUGAGAAGCAACAAACGGCGCGGGAAAUUUUUCGUGAGAUGCGUCAAGCAACGCAUUCGUACGGAAAAAACUUUGCAGUGAUUGGCGCAGUGUUCGCAGCCGUAGAGUGUGUCAUCGAAUCGAAACGCGGUGUCUCUGAUUGGAAGAAUGGUACCUAUGCAGGUGCUGUGACAGGAGGUUUAAUUGGCCUGAGAGCUGGCGUCAAAGCAGGAAUUGUCGGUGCUGCUGGAUUUGCAGCAUUCUCGACCGUAAUAGAUUACUACAUGAGACACAGAUAAACACUCGGUGCAAGGGUGAAUUGGGAAGUUUUAGUUUUACUAGCAUGCAGCAUUAUCGUGUAACUUGCCUGCAAAAUAAAAUGUA